UUAUGCUGAGGUCCAGGCUGGGGUGGGGAGGUGUCAGGACCCCGGGCAGUGAUGGGUCACAGUCCCUGAGCAGAGUCCGCCUGUGCCAACCGGCACCCAGGGACCGCUGCACUCCCACUGGCUAGAGUCGCCAGGCCUGAGGAGCCAUGUGCUGGCCGAGGACAUGGGGCCAGAUCUUCCUGCCGGUUCUACUUUCCCUCUUUCUAGUCCAACUGCUUAUCAGCUUCUCAGAUAAUGGUUUUUCCCAAAUGUACAGAAAAAGAAAGGAGGAGAAACAGAAACGAAAGACUUCGAUUGAGGAAGCAUGUACUCAAAAGAAUAGUUGUCAGUUGUGCACAGAAGAUAAGAAAUGUAUUUGGUGCAAUGAAGAAAAGGUUUGCAAAAAAUUUUGUUUUCCAUUUGCUGGGUGUCCAUUCAAUUCUAUAUUUUGGUCAAACUGUAAAGUUGACAUGUUUGGAAUCGUGAUGCUGAUACUCACAGGAAUAUUAUUGAUAGCUUUUCUGUGGUAUUGCUGUGCCUAUUACCAUUUUAUUCAUGAAUACAGAGCCAACAUUUAUUCAAGAGGAGUAACGGUUCCUGUAAACACUUGGGAUGUUGGUGGAUAUGAGGAAUAGAUAACAGAUCUUCCAGAGAAAGAAGAAGUGUCUUCAAUGGUAAAUUUCCCAAAGAGGAUAUCACAUGAAUUUCCUGCAUGUAAUCCACCCCCCAUCUAUUAAACAACUUUGCAGGAAUGGAAUUUGCAUUAUUAAGAAAGAAAAUGGGAAAUUAAAUCUGUAAAAUGUGGACAAAUUUUCAAUACCUGAACAUUUAAUAAAAGAUGGCAGAAAAUGAAGAUACAAUAGUGCCUAAAUAAAGCUGUUUUAGAAAUCUGA